AUGCCGUCAGUGAGUCAGUGUGUGGUGCUCAGCUCACACGGCAGCCCGCACCCUACAUCCUCCGCCACGCUGUCUCACACUCGGUCAGCCUCCUCCUCCUCCUCCUCCUCCUCUCCUAUCUCUUCCUCUUUCUCUUCUCGCCUUUCUCUCCUCUCUUCCUUCUCUUCCCUCCUUCCGCUGUCCAACUCCGCCUACGAACCAGUGCCCUCCUCGUGCCCGGACCGCCCGACGGCAUCGAACACAGUGUCAGGCACGUCCUCCCCCGUCAGGAGCGCGAGGCAGCCGGCAGCCGCGUGGUCGAGCGAAUCAUCGACAUCCCCCGCCAGGCGUCCCCACCCUCUCCCUCCGCCCCUGGCCGCCUCGCCCUUGAGAGCGCGUCCUCGCAAGAUCUCGCCCUCGGAGUCGACCCCUGAGCGCCGCCCCCGCCGCGCCUCCAUUCCGCAGUCCCCGCAGUCGCUGUGUGUCUCCUGGGGCCGCGUCGUCCCCGAGGAGGACCUCGAACCCUUCCCGCGAAGUGUGUCACUGCCCGAGUCGUCGUCCCUGGAGGACCGCCUCUGCGAGGACCUUUCGGAGGACUCUCGGGCGGGCUCCAGCAGUCCCUGGAACAGGAUCCUGCCGCGGUCCCCCUCGUCCCUGGCCUCACUCUCAGGCUCGCACUCGUACGUGUCCUUGGCGUCGAGCCCGCCGUCCUCGCCGCCGUCCUCGCCCCCAGGUGACGCAGGGUUCGCCAUGCCGCGCCCCCUCGCCCAGAGCGCCCUCAUGCGCCCCCUCGUGGCCCUGGCGCUGCCGGGGAUGUACCUCGUCUACAAGUAUAACCAAUACAAGAGGCAGCAACAGGAGGCCAACCGCCGGAAGGCCGCCGAGAGGGAGCUGGCUCAGCUCAACCACAAAAUCGACAAACUGCUGAACAAGCUGGACGAACAUGAACCCGAGAUGGCGAUGACGCAAGAAGAAGAGGUGAGUAAUGACAUGAGUUUGCCAGAUGAGUCGUUAGUAAACAACGCACCUAAAACCACGCCCAGAGACUCGCCUCCAACCACAUGCCACGAGUCACAAGCCAUCAAGGGAAUCUUCAACAAUGCCUUCGACCACGCCCCCAGCUACGAGGAUCAGUAA